GGAGAUUGAGAGAGAGGACAUGGUAGAAGAGAUCAUUGAAUCUGAGGGGCCAUUGGGGAGAAUCGAUGCAUGGACUGAGCAGCUAACAGUAAGGGGAGUCAUUGCAAGCAUAGUGAUUGGAAUGGUGUACAGUGUGAUAGUCAUGAAGCUAAACCUGACUACUGGGAUUACUCCUAACCUCAAUGUUUCUGCUGCUCUUCUCGCUUUCGUGUUCAUCAGGACAUGGACUAACCUGCUCUCGAAAGCUGGAUAUGUAUCGAGACCCUUCACUAGGCAAGAGAACACUAUGAUCCAAACAUCUGCAGUUGCAUGUUAUAGUAUUGCUGUUUCAGGUGGAUUUGGAUCUUAUCUCUUGGGAUUAAACAAGACGACAUAUGAGUUAUCAGGGAUUCAUACUGAGGGGAACUCUGCAAGUUCUGUAAAGGAACCUGGGCUUGGAUGGAUGACUGGCUUUCUUUUCCUAGUUUGCUUUGUUGGACUUUUUGUCUUGAUUCCUCUUAGGAAGGUAAUGAUAGUGGACUUGAAAUUGACUUAUCCAAGUGGUCUUGCCACUGCUGUUCUCAUCAAUGGCUUUCAUACUCAAGGAGAUAAGAUGGCCAAGAAGCAAGUUAAAGGGUUCAUGAAAUACUUUUCGAUCAGCUUCUUGUGGGGAUUUUUCAAGUGGUUUUACGAGGCCUCAGAGAACUGUGGAUUCUCGCAAUUCCCCACAUUCGGAUUGAAAGCUUGGAAAAACACAUUCUACUUUGAUUUUAGCAUGACUUUUGUUGGAGCAGGCAUGAUAUGCUCCCAUCUUGUGAACCUGUCUUUACUUCUUGGAGCUGUGCUCUCUUUUGGAGUAAUGUGGCCACUAAUUGGCCAACUUAAAGGAAAUUGGUUCCCUGAGAGUCUAGAGGAAUAUGAUAUGAAGAGUUUAUAUGGUUACAAGGUAUUUCUAUCUGUUUCUCUAAUCCUUGGUGAUGGCCUUUACAAUUUCAUCAAGAUACUGUUGUCAACCAUGCUUAGUAUUCAUGACAGAUUCAAAAACAAGAAACUUCCAGAUAGGGAUGACAAGUUGAAGCCCAUUGAAGAGAAGCAAAAUGAGAUUUUUAUCAGAGAAAACAUUCCAUUGUGGGUUGGAGUUGCUGGAUAUGUUGUCUUCUCCAUCGUUUCUGUUAUAGCGAUCCCCAUGAUGUUUCCCGAACUCAAAUGGUACUAUGUAAUCGUAGCCUACAUGCUUGCUCCAUCCCUUGCCUUCUGCAAUGCUUAUGGAGCUGGUCUUACAGACAUAAACAUGGCUUACAACUAUGGAAAAGUUGCUCUUUUCGUGCUAGCGGCAAUGACAGGGAAAGAACACGGCGUGGUGGCAGGGCUAGCCGGAUGUGGUGUCGUGAAAUCGGUUGUUUCAGUGGCUUGUAAUCUGAUGCAAGAUCUCAAGACAGCGCAUCUAACUUUCACCUCACCUAGAGCAAUGUUUGUGAGCCAAGCCAUUGGCACCCUAAUAGGCUGCAUAACUGCUCCUCUCAGUUUCCUCUUGUUCUACAAGGCAUUUGACGUGGGAAACCCACAUGGAGAAUUCAAAGCUCCUUAUGCCUUGAUCUACAGAAACAUGGCGAUUCUAGGUGUUGAAGGCUUCUCAGCUCUGCCUCGGCAUUGCGUGCAGCUCUGUUACGGGUUCUUUGCUUUCGCAGUGAUGGUUAACCUAAUUAGAGAUUUUUCACCACCAAAGAUUGGGAAAUGGAUGCCGCUGCCGAUGGUCAUGGGUGUGCCAUUUCUAGUCGGGGCAUACUUUGCCAUAGACAUGUUCAUCGGGAGUGUCAUCGUUUUUGCAUGGCACAGGCUUGACAGCAUGAACGCUGGCAUGAUGGUUCCUGCGGUUGCCUCUGGUUUGAUUUGUGGAGAAGGGUUGUGGUCUCUUCCUGCUUCGGUUCUUGCUCUGGCCAAAGUAAAACCCCCUAUCUGCAUGAAAUUUUUGGGUUCCUAGAGUAGGCUUUACAGAUCUGAUCACUGAGAAAUGGGAAACAACACUAAAGCGAUAUACAUAAAGGGUAGAAUUGUAUCAAGUUUUUAUCUCAUCGUAGACAGUAAUAAGAUUCACCUUGUCACUAUCCACUUUGUUGGGUCAUUGACCACCACUUAGCACUAGUAAUCAAAAUCUUUCCAAUUUUGUUUGA